AUGAGGAGAGAGGGCCGGCAUCAUGGAAUGGCGCUGAGCUUCGGCCCCGGCGGCGGCGGAGGCCUCCGAUCGCCCCGCCGUGGGCUCCUCCUCAGCGGCGCCGCCUCCUCCCCGCCGGCGAGGCCCUCCGACCGGUCGAAGAUCUCCGGCAGGCCCGCCGGAGUCCGGCAACCGCAUCCGACCAAGUCGAAGGACAAAUGCAAGGGCGCCCGCAAGGCCCGGGGCCUCGACAUCGGGCUCAACCCCCGGCUGGUCUCCUGGCGGGUCAUCGGCCCCGGCGGCGCCUCCGCUGGGUGGAGGCUCGCUGCCGGCGACUCUGCCAGCGCCGCCGCCGUGUACCUCUCCGGUUACCCCCACGAGGAUGAGGAAGAAGAAGAAGAGGAAGAAACGUUGACGAUGGAGGAGCAAAGGGAAAGGUAUGCCGCGGCGGAGUCGAAACAACCGGAAGAACUCGACGUCGGGGGUGCCGCCGCCGCCGGCGGUGGUGGCGGCGAAGAAGACGAAGAAGAUGUGGGGGAAGAAGAAGAGGAAGAAGGAGAUGAUGACGUCAUGGGUUUCUUUGAGGUUUGGGGUACGUGGGAGUACGUAGACGAGGAGGACUGGUGUGUGGUGGGGGAUGACAUGGAGGAGCUGUAA